AUGUUUCAUAGAACACCACUAAUGAAUAAGCCCUUACUAGUGGGUCGAUUCAAGGGUACCUUUAAUCCCCGAGUCUGGUCAACUCGAACUAAAUGUUUCUAUUCACAAGCAAGAACUCAGACUCAUACUAGAUUGAGCAAUUGGAGAUUAUUAGGCGUUGGAAUAUUAACUCUGGGAUCUCUAUUAUGCAACAACAUGAUAUAUAAUGAUGUGCAUGCCAUCGAUACUUCAAUUCAUGAGUUAGAGCCAGCAAAAGAUGAAGAAACUUAUGAAAUGGGAUUGUAUCUGGCUUCACAGAGAGAAGAGACCGAUCAAUUUCAAAGGUAUCGAAAACAAAAGCUUAAAGGCAGUAAAAUCUUUGGGCCACUUUAUUAUCUUAAGUUCGCUAUAGAUGAUUACAUUAUUGAUCCACUCAUUACAUUAUCAAGAUUUGUAGAAUUAUCGAUGAUAUUUCUCCCAGUUUUGAUAAGUGCACCCAUAUGCUGGUUUGGAAAACACGAAAACUCUGAAAGUGGAGUUAGAUCAGGAGCAAAGAUCUGGUUUAAAUAUUUGAGAUGGUCUGCUGAACUAGGAGGAGCUUCUUUCAUUAAAUUGGGGCAAUGGGCCGCUUCAAGGACUGAUAUAUUUCCUAAGGAGCUAUGCGAUGAACUAGGACGGUUACACUCAAAUGCAAAAGCUCAUUCAUUAUCUUCAACCAAAAAAAUUGUGAGUGAAAGUUUCGGUUUACCAUUCGAUGAAAUUUUUGACGAAUUUAACGAGAAACCUCUUGGGGUGGGGGCAAUUGCACAAGUUUAUAUUGCUAAAUUGUCUAACAAGGCAUUGAAAAAAGCCAAAACUAACGAAGUUCAUUUUGAAGAUGACCGACAUCAACACUUGAUUGACAAGAUCUUGGUUACUGAGCAACAAUUGACUAAUAAGCAACAGGUUGCCGUGAAAGUUUUACACCCUAGAGUUGAGAUUAAAAUUAAUAGAGAUUUGAGAAUAAUGAAAUUUUUUGCAAACCUAAUUGAUAUGAUACCUAGUAUGGAAUGGCUUUCUUUACCUGAUGAGGUACAGCAAUUUUCAAUUUUGAUGCGUUUGCAAUUGGACCUCAGGAUUGAAGGUCUAAACUUGGCAAAAUUUAGGCAUAACUUCAAGAAUAGAUUAGAUAUACAUUUCCCCAUGCCUUACAUCAAUUUCACUACCAGAGACGUCUUAGUGGAAGAGUUUAUUCAUGCUAUUCCAUUGGAGAAGAUGCUAUCUUUGAAGAAGAACUUUGGAAAAAAUUUGUCAAAGGAAAUAAGCGACAAAGGUUUGGAUGCCUUUUUACAAAUGCUUAUUCUUGAUAAUUUUGUUCAUGCAGAUUUGCAUCCAGGAAAUAUGAUGAUACGAUUCUAUAAAAAUGAGCUAUUCAAACAUGAAAAGGAAUAUAAGAUAGUUAAAACAAGCAACGAAGAUGACUCGAACAGGAUAACUAAUGAAUUGUUAAACUUAAAAGGAGCAGAUGAAGACGAAUGGUGCAGAAGGUUAGCAACUUUGUACGAGGAGGGAUAUCAUGCAGAAAUAUGCUUUUUAGAUGUUGGAUUGAUAACAGAGUUAAAUCAUACAGACCGUGUCAACUUUAUAGAUUUAUUUAAAUCACUUUCGGAGUUUGAUGGUUACAAGGCGGGUGAAUUAAUGGUAGAAAGAUCUAGGACACCGGAGACAGUCAUAAACAAGGAGAUAUUUGCCUUGAAAGUAGAAAAAUUGGUCGACAGGAUUAGACAAAGAACAUUCGCGUUGGGCAACAUUAGUAUUGGAGAUUUACUAGAUCUGGUUUUGGGAAUGGUCAGAACUCACCAUGUGAGAAUGGAAGGUGAUUUUAUUACUGUCAUAGUGGCAAUAUUAUUGUUAGAAGGGAUUGGCCGCAGAUUGGACCCAGAUCUCGAUUUAUUUGCAAGGUUCGUAUACGCUUUUCUAUUCGGUUUUCCAACAGAGAACGAGUUAUUUAGUAUUUGA